CGUUCAUUUACACGGCCGCUUACAUCACUGAAUUAAAUGUCAACUUUUGUAAAUAUUAUCAAAUAAAUGAAUAAGGUUGUUCUGUCUAUUUUAAACAAAUCUGUCAAGUGUCAUAUGCUUGGGAAGCGAGUGAACCCCAAAAAGUGACUUUGAAAACGCUACGGUUUGAAAAAUCCGUGAAGAUGGCGGCUGCUUAUGGCUUUUUGUCCAACCCAGCUAAACUGCAAAAAGAGUGGCAACCAAAGCUGAAUGAAUGGAAGGUCUAUCAUUCAAGCCAUCCAGAUGUAGCAAGGAAUGGGUGGAGGAAAUGGAGUGGCGAGCAGCCAGACUGGUAUGCGUGGAAGGCCUCCUCAUCCAACCCUGACUGGUACCGCCGUCGAGUCAACACAAUACGCAGAGCUGACUACAAAAAUGUAAAUUGGGCAUACGAGUACCCAUCUAAACCAACAAGCCGGGUCAAUGAUGAUUUCAUCUCUGUCACCAAUGAGGUUAUGCAAAAGGACACAUUGAAACCACUGCCACUUAACAGGGCCUACACAGGGUGCAAUACAUUCCCUAAACCAGACCCCAUCCCCAAAGAAGUGCCAGUACCAAAGUGGGGCUUGUAUAACCCACCAAACUACGAGGAACCCAUCAGAUAUGACCACUUUCCUCCAAUCAAGUACAACGGAUACUAAGGAAUAAAAGACAAUGAUUUUUUUUAAAUAUUUAAAAUUGUUAACAAUGUUUAUUUGGAUAUUUUAUUUUGGUUUAUAUAUGUAUCAAGGAAAUGCUGUAGUUAUAAACAACAAUAGUUGUUAAUACUUAGUGAAGCAGCUGAAUUUUUUUUUUAAGAAAAUAUUCUUGCAAUCACAAAUGCAUAAUGUUUACUUCAUAUACAUGAUUAGGUGUGAUAAUCAGUGCAUUUACAAUCUGUUUAAAACUUUUUAACUAUAGUUUCCAUAACGAGUAGUACUUGAACAUUUUUGUUAAAAAUAUAUUAAACAAAUAAUAACAAUAUAAGCUUGCACUCCUUUAAGUCUGAACACACACAUUUACCUUUUAAUUUGCUGUUAAGGAAAUAGAAUGAGAAUUUUUUUUUUCUUUUAAUUUAAAGCAAAAAAGCAAUAAACUGCAUAAUUUACUAAACAAAAUCAUGUGUAUAACAUCAAACUAAAUAGUGAAUUCAUUACAAUGAAUUUACGAUUCAUGUUUACUUAAUGGUAAUAAUUUUUUAAAUGACUUGAAUCAUCACUUAUGAAUUGAUUUAGCUAAUAUUUAAUAAAUAGAAAUGAUUUAUUUUUCACAGUAAGGCUACUUCAACCUGGUAGACAUAUGAAGAAAAUUCAACCAAACGACUUUCAUUGAAACAUUAGGAUAAGCAGUUUUACCGCUAUAAUUUCAUUUUUAAAUGCUUGGUGAAUGACUAAAUUUUCCUGAUGCCAUAAGAUAAAUCAUUUGUUCUUUAAGUUGUUUUGCUAAAUAAUCUAUGUCUGUAUUGUUAAGUUUUGAUAAAGGAUGUUUUAUGUGAACAUGUUACUGAAAGUUGCAAUUUGUUUUCACAAUCACUGGUAUUUAUGUAUUUUGUUCAACAUUAUUUUGUUUGAAAAUUGUUGUUCCUUUCUUUUGGUGUUGAAGUGUCCUUAUAGUGAUGUCUCUUAUUUGUAUUUUUUCCGAAUAAUUUACAAUCUUUCUUUUUUUAAUCCAUAUAUCUGUUCUUAUAGGCUCAUGCUUUUAGAGCUUAUCUACGAAUAAAUAAAAAUGCAAAUUAUUUUC